AUGAACUCUGACAACACUGACGAUAACAUGAACACUGACAACACUGACGAUAACAUGAACUCUGACAACACUGACGAUAACAUGGACUCUGACAACACUGACGAUAACAUGAACUCUGACAACACUGACGAUAACAUGAACACUGACAACACUGACGAUAACAUGAACACUGACAACACUGACGAUAACAUGAACUCUGACCAACACUGA